AUGGCUGCCGCCCUCCGUGACCUAGCAGAGACAGACGUCCGCGAGCCCAUCCCGGCAACAGCCCUCCUGGCGGCGCUGCAGACCCCGCCCUUCGUGCUGGUCCCGGGCACCUUCAACACGCGGGACCUGGGCCUCCUCCAGCCAGGCACGGGCAUCCGCCCGGGCUUCAUCUUCCGCACCGGCGGGCUCGAGGCCCUGGCGCGCUCGGCGGACGGGCAGGCCACGCUGCGCGAGGCCCUGCACGUGCGGCGCAUCUUCGACAUGCGCUCGCGCGAGGAGCACGCCCGCGCCGCGGACCCGGCGCUCGAGGGCAUCGAGGGCGUGUGGCUCGGCGACGAGGGCAACGGCGCCGCGGAGGAGAACCCGAUGCUGGACCUGGACUUGUUCGUUGACGGCCAGGGCGAGGGCGGCUACAUCGCCAUGUAUAUGGAUGUGCUCGACAAGUACAGGGGGACCUUCCGGGAAGUCCUGGCCAGCGUGAGGGACCGGCCGGACGAGGCGAUCAUGUUCCAUUGCACAGCGGGGAGAGAUCGCACAGGUGUGCUGGCGGGCUUGCUGGAGACGCUGGCUGGGUAUGAUGCCGAGACUGUGCGGACGGACUUCCUGCUGUCGCGGAUCGGCACGGAGGUGGCGCGGGAGCACCUCCUCGGGUUUGCCAGGAAGUACAGUAAGGGUAGUGCCGGCAAUGGCGACAGCUCGACAUCCUUCGACGAGGCCCCUGGGUUCCUCAAUCUGGUCAGCUUGCGAGGGGUUUGCUGGGAUGCAUUUGUCGAGGCUGUCGGCAUGAAGUUUGGAGGCUUCGAAGGGUAUGCGAUCAAUGUGCUGGGGUUUUCGGAGGAGGACCUCGCAACGAUCAAGAAAAACUUGACCGAACGACCUUGA